AUAGAAACGACUAAGAGAUCAAAUUGGUAUGGUGACCUUUUCUUGACGUCCAGGCUGCACAAACGUCUUGCGGUGUGGGUAUCUCAGGUAUAGGUCUCAGCGAAGUGAAUGAAAGGUGGGGCAAGCAGCAGGCCAGGUGUAAAGACGACAGUUAAAGACAGUCAAUGUGCACAGCCACCCGCGCCUCCCGUGCCACCCGCGCCACCCGCUUGAAGUGUGGUGACGGUGGACCCAAGACACUGAGCACGUGAUGUCCUGAGCCUGCUGGUACAACAGGACACCGCUGGUUAGCGAGGGAUCUCCUAGUUGCCCCAUUUGCUAACUCUGGUCUCACUUCAAAGACUGUGCUGUGGGGAGAAGACUUACACCAUCAACUCUAGCUUUUCACACACUGAGUGACAUUAGGAAUAAAAAAUAUAGAGACGUAAAGAAAAUCAUCAGUUUCUUUGGUCUUUUAUGGACCAGAAGAAAUGAAUACUGUUUUGAAAUAAAGAAAAUUUGCUCAAGGAAACAACUGGAGUGAGAUGUGUUCAUGCUCAUCACAGUCUGGCAACCCGUUGCGGACCUGAACUUUCAUCUUGUCUAGAAACAAACGGGACAAGUUCAUUCAAUUUGCUUCACUCACUCUCUUCCCACUUCCACCAUCGGAGUCACCCUUGUGGUCAUAAAUACCGUUCAGCACUGCUUGCUGUUCAAGUCUCAGGCACUCGACCUUUCGUGUUCUCCACACCCUUCUCCAUCUCAUUUACAGUCUGAACCCCACGCUUUCACUGGCAGCCAAGAGUCGUUGUUGGCCAGGUAUGGACAUAGCCCACCCUCUUGUACCCUCCCCACCCUACACCACACAACCCCUUCACCUCCCAGCUCUGGCGUGGCGCCAAGUCACACAGUCGGUGUGAAAGGUCAGGUCGCGGGUCAGCGGGUGUCGUGAUUGCCUGCUGAAGGUGGGGCGAGAGACCAUGAGGAAAGAACAAUUCUUCAUUCUUCAGUUACGAAGGCAAUAGCAUAAGCACGUCGCUGCGGUUUUUUAUUAUUAUUUAAAAACCUGUAGACCACACGUAGCUGUGAAUAAAAACCCCGCAACUUUACUCAAGCCAAUACAACAUCUUGAAAACUUGAAGCUGUCGCCCCCAACGGCGAUGAUGUGUGUGAAACGAAGCGGAGACAUCGAAGAUCAAGAAUGGCAGUGAUAAUAUUUUCGUCUCUGGUGAUAACGGCGGCGAAGCCAAACCUGCAUUCUUGAAAGACAAUGCCAACUUCUGUCUGAAUAUGGCUUCUGAUUUUCCGAGGAUGGCAGUGGAAGCUUCUGUAGCUGACUCCUCAUGCGCACGCCCACGAAUGAUGAGUUCUCUCUCAUCGUCAAAGACAAGGCCAAAGAUGUUAAAAUCAUCAGUUGCUAAUGAAACAUCGUUAGUCUCGAAAGUUACUGAUGGUCGGUGUGACUUUCAAACUGGUCUCUCUCUAAGACCUGAAUUGGAUAUCAACCAGUUUCGUCUCUCUCUUCAAGCUCUGCCGCAGCUAGAUGAACCAGAGUCCGCGGACAUCGUCGAGUCGUCGACGCUGUCGUCCGACCUGAAGACUCUGGCUGCUAAUUUCAAAACGUCACCGUCAUUUGUCUCUCGCGAGAUAACAGAAGCUAUCAAAAGACAAGAAGUCGGAAACGGGGAUACAUGGUACUGGCAAACAAAACGGGUGAACGGAACUCCCGCUGUCAAGUCCGGGGUCUCGGGGAUUCUUUUCCCAUCCUUGACACACUUCCUGUCCUGUAAGGAUGGCCGAAAUGGUACUGAAAAUACGAAGGAACAAUUUGGGUUAUACGCCUUAGGCAUGCCCGCAGCUACUAAGCAGAGAUUAAAGUCGACCUCGGAGGACAGGAAUAACAAUAUAAACGCCACAUUGAAGCUUGUCGGAAGCUGUGACUGUGUUCCACAGAUGAAUGAGUGGUUAUGCCAGAGAUACCCUACGGCUGUGAACCCUCAAGAAAGCAGAACGUACACGCAAGUCCGGAACAAGAUCCGUCCCAGCAUCCUGAAACACCAGGACCGCCGCCACCGACGACUAAGUUUUGCUUUCAAUUCCUACUCUCCUCUGGAACUGAUGAAGUGUGCACAUGGCGGUCAGAACAGGGACAAAGUCAAAGAGACAGGUGAUGAAGAUUGCGAGGAACAACUUCGCGGACAUGGACCCCACCAUCGGUUUAAGAUCAGCAGAGGGGCAAGAGGUCAAUGUCAUGACCAGAAGGAUGAGUCGGAGGAACUGACGUGCCUUCAGCUGGCAGACACAAUUCUGGGCACGAAGUCUACAGACUGGACUCGCUGUUAUCAGCUGAGUCAAGCUAAAGUCAGGUACAUAGAUAUCCUCGAAAGGUCAGUUUCCUACCAGAAUGACGAGCGUGUAGGAAGGUCACCUGGAGGCGGAGCCUCACAAAGUGUGACGUCACGUGCAGGAGAUGUGGCACGACAGACUUCUUCAAGUUCCUCCUCAUCACACAGCCUGCUAGACCAGGCGGACGGAGACCCGCAAGAGGAGGCUACUCUCACGACGCGACAAAAAGUGUCGUGCAGCAACAAUGUUCGUGCUGCUGAUGGCGGUGGAAAAGCAAAUGAAACGAGGAACGUAUCAGCAGAAGACGAGAAAGAAGAAAAGAAAGCAUUCAUCUUUCCAUUGUUGCAUUCAGCCGACAAACAGAGGUCUGGGAGAGCAAAGGUCACACAGUUCACAAAGAGUACAGACGUUACACUUGACAAGGAUAUUACCCUCGACGCUUACGGUAUGUUACCCAAUAAUUUCAAGAAGCCAAUACUCAAAUCAUCACAACAGUUUCCGGUGAGCUCCCAGACCGACAAAGACUUCGUGCCUGGACAGUUAGCAACUGCGUACAACGCCAUGCAGCACGCAACUAGCAACAGCGUCACACGCAAGGACCUGCAACUACGUGGUAUGUCUGUGCAGUCCAUCAACAUGGGAGAUAACUGGAAUCAUUCUGCUCACGCAAACCGGAAAUGCGUCACGACUUGCGGCACUGCGGACCUCAAGAAAAGGGCCGUGCGUUUUAGUGUUUCUGAUCAGGUUUAUGAGUUUACACCAAGCGACCCAGUCAUCUUGUGAACGCUUCGAUGUUGUUGUUGUUUUCUGUCAGUGAGAUAGACUCGGACGUGGAGCCCACUUGAGGCUCUAGGAGACACUGUGUAUGUACAUAUGGAGAUGCUCUUGAAUGUUAAAUGUAGCCUUCAAAUAGUAUUCAGAACAACGCACGGAAAUCUUGUUCACACACACACCCACGCGCGCACACACACAUACACUUUAAGCAAGAUAUUUUGCAACCAUACGCAGACACAAAUGAAAAAAAUUAUUGACAUUUUCCGAUUUUAUUCAUUCUGUCUGUCGUUCAUCCGAUGCCACAGAACAGUCAGAAGUCGAUAACAACACACAGUAUGACACUACUGUUUUCUACCGAACAGGCAUCAGUGAUGAUCUGUGAGUGGAAAGCAUGCAUCUCGCAAAAUCUGAACACUGGUCUGUGUGCAUGCAAAUUUUACACACGCAUGACUUCAUUCCUGCCCAUAUGUUUGUGUGUUUGUAGCGCUGGUGUGUUGGGGAUUGUAGUGUGUUGGGUUCUUUUUGUUUGUUUUUUUUUUGUGAGAGAGAGAGAGAGAGAGUGCAACAUUGUUAUUUAUAUUGAAAAUGCAGAUUCCACCUACCAUCAAACAAUAGCAGGCAUAACAAAAGUGUCAACCAAAUAUAUAAAUAAACUUUUAGACAUUUUUUUAUCAGUAAAACUGUGAAACAAAAAUAUCUAUUAUUCUUUCCCUAAACGUGCCUUUCUGUGAGAAGAAAACUGACUGUGAAUUAAUACCCGUAUACCUUUAUGCAGCCAUCUAUCUUCACAUGGAACACCCUUCCCUCAAAUGUUUCGUAUACUUUUGUCAGAUAGUAAGUUAUUAGAACAACAUAUCACUGAUGUUGCCAUUAUUGGCUCUUGUCUAGAUAUGACAUCACAGCUAUUGAGUCAGCUUUUUGUUGUAUGCAACGUACCCGUAUUUUCAUUACAUGUUCACAUCUGGGAUGUUGAUAUAACAUAUGGAUUUAAAACACAUAGCUGACAGUAGCAGGGAAAUAACAGGUGGAAUGAUUGUGCUUAUUGUUUGUCUGUGUGUACGCGGGCUGUGUAUGUUUGAGCAUGCGCCUUCGCUCAUGUUUUGUGUGUUAGUGUUCACUGUCAUCAAGUUAGAGUUUUCAGGAAGAGAAGACAUGGACAGGAACACAUCAUGGUUGCGGUGUUGUUUAUUUUCAAGAAUAUCGGUGAAAGAUGUAUAUAGAUGCUAGGAUCCAUACAACCUUUCUUAUUCAUGUACAAAAAUUUGUUCCGAAUUAAAUCCUGAAUUGUUCACGUUUUUGUUGUGGUUACCUAGUGGCUUCCCAUGUUAAAAACGAGAAACUGAAUAGUCAGCUACUUUCAUCCUUUCGGGAAACUUCUUGGCUACUAAUGCAGCAUCCCAUGAUAUCGUCCAGUCACCUCCAUUAUUUUCUGAUGCCAAAGUACUGUCCAUGGAUCACGAUAGGUAAAGGAGCUUUACCUUUCUCUUGAUUCUUCUUUAGCAAAGUUUGAUAAACUUACUUUUGU